AAAAGGUCAAUAUAUCUUAAAAUGAAUCAGUUAACAGCCUGUGUGCUUUUGCUCUUCCCGACCUCCCUGCAACCGGCUGAAGCCUCCCAGCUGCCGCCACCCAUCUCCGGAUGGAAAACCGGUAAAAAGCUUGGGGAUUUCUCCUUCUUUUCUUGUUCUAGAACACAUAUAGAACCCAGAAAUCUUCCCCCUGCAUAGAAAUUUCCAGAUCUGCUUUGCUCUUCCUCCCCUGUCCAUCGAUUUCUGCUAUGUGGGUGCGAAAUUUCUAGGCUUUUCGAUCCCCAAAAUUUUCCGCACUUUCCACCGGCAAUUCCCCCAAUCUGCAGCUUCGGUUUGCUUGCUGGAAAUUCUGGAAGCGAAAUCAAGAACGGGGAAAAACGAGAGGAGUGACAAGUUAAAAGACUAGCCAUCUUGUAAAUUGAACAUAGAUUUUUGAUAUAAAUCAUGAUUUUGUAAGCUAGAGUUUAUUUGGAAAUUUUAUGAUAUCAAAGCAAAUUUUAUAA